AUGUUGAAAGAGGCAGAAGAUGAAGUAGGAAGAAAAAUAAAGGUAUCUAUCUGGUCAACUUACUUGAAUGCAAAAGAAAUGAGAAAGGAAAAACAAUCAGUAAUUUUUCAAUUUUUGGCUACCGAGAAGCAAAUCUCGUUGCCUGUCAGGGCGGGACAUGAAAUCAGGGCCUCUGGGUUGAAUUUGUGCGAGUUGUCUCGGCUAGAAAGAUUUUCAGAGAGAGUUAUACAGUGCACACAAAGCAAAUUAUUAUUGAAACCCGUUCACCUAUUUAUCCUUCGGGAGUGGUUUGUUCCAGAAACCUGUCGCAGUGUGUGUGUGAAACAUUUCUGUGCAUAUUGAAUGUACGGUAUUAUAUAUUAUUUUUUGAUAUUUCAGUCACUAAAGAGUCAGUUGCGUGAAGAGUCAGAUUGCGACAUUGAACAUGUGCAGGUAUAGUACGGUCAUUCUACAUUCGACGUCUCCUUAGUUAAUUGAUUCCAUAGCUAUUGAACAGGCUAAGUACUAACAGAAUUUUCAUGACGAUGUUAUUGUUUGCAGGGUCAAGUAAAGAGCUAUGAAGCAGUGUUAGCCAGGCUGAAGUUUUACAAAGCAUUUUACCUCACACUUGUUUCUCUUGAAAAGACAGAGGUGAGACCACAAGCGUGUCCAACUCACAUUCAGCUUUAUUUUUUUUACUUCGCUUUUUUUUUCUUCUUUUUCCUCUUCUUUUUUUUUCAAGCCAAACAAGUUUCAAGUUUCUUUAUUUUCUCAUAACAAAAAAAGUGUCCCUUAAGUCGUUCUAUGUACUGAUUACUCUCGUAGUCUCGUACUGAUCCAAGGAGACUGGUUGUUUCCCCCUGGGUUUCGUUUCGGCAACUACCCAUUCGCUAUCGUCUUAAGUCGUUUCCUUUACGAGAUGAAACGAGCGUUACACCUGUUUUAUACCUCGUUCUUUCAGCCAUGACACUAACACGUUAGCGAAACAAUUAGAGACGUUGACGAACAGGACGUUCGCGAAACGACUCACGAGAGAAACGUUCGUAAAUAUAUUAUAAAGUUCGCUAUAGAUUUGUAAGUGAUAAAAAACCAAGCAGAUAUCAAAGUGACCUCUGUUUGUUUAGGGAUCUGGUGUACCGACUGCCAAGCAGUUACUUUGUACAGCUCUAACUCUUAUUGAGCCAAUCAGAAAGACGAUUGGACUGGGAAUUCAGCCCGUGCCAACUGAAGAUAACAAACAAGGUAUAAGUCUUUUGCUUUUAUUAAUACAGGUUGCGUUAUAUAAUGUGUUUAAAUUGACUUUCUAAGACCGAGUUAAACUCUCUGGCCGGCCUUCAGUUGCGGCCAAUCUUGUGAACCAAUUGAAAUUCGAAAAAAUUGAUGUAGGUCAGGACGAGAAAGUGCAUCCAUAUGCGUUUGACAAAGUGUGAAGCAAAGAUGGCUGGAUAUUGACCGAGUCUUUUUCUGCGUUUUUAUGGGACCGAGAGAUAAAAAGUCGCAAAAAGGAAUGAGCCAUAAUCCAGCUAUCUUGACUGAACAAGCUCGGUCAAUAAAAGGUUAUUGUAUGGCCCCAAAAAAGAACUUUUCCUCGCGGGACCAACACGGGAAAUCUUGGGGGCCAAAAUGGGCGCAUCUUGCCCGCUUGGGUAGCUAAUCAGAACACAGGAUUCGCUUUAUCUUGCCUGCCCGAAGAUUCAGCCGUAUAAGAAGUGGAAGUUAGAGAGAAAAGUGUUUCAAGGGUUUCUCUGUCGCAAGGGUCGUGGGUAAUGUAUGAAUUAAGGUCUUCACAAAGUGUUAGUGCUGACAAAAAGGUUGCAGUCCGUUGACAACCAGGGCUGAGUUGCUCAAAGCAUGGUUAGCUGUAACCAUUGGUUAAGCAGUAUUAAAACCAAUACGUUGUCAAGGUAUUUAACGCUGGUUAACGCUAACCACGCUUCGAGCAACUGGGCCCAGAUGUUAAGCAUGAGUUGUCCUUCUUAACACAGGGAGUAUUAUGGGCUUUGAACCACUUGUCAAUCAAAGACUUCUUCCGCCAUCAUUCCCAAGGUAUACUGCAAUCUUUGGCCGAGAACAGGUAGGUCAUAAGCUUUCCCUCCUUUGCUCAAGUUUUUUGCAAGUGACGAGGGCAGAAACACUCACAUUUAUUACAGGCAUAACCAUUAAGGCGGAGGAGAAUUGUGUCAAAUCAGAAUUAGGCUUGCAUUGUGCGCACGUUCUCUUGUUCAUUUAAAGGACACAGUAAGGCAGCAUGAAAAUAUUAGAACACAACUUUCCUUGGACAACCUACACUUUUUGCAAGAAGAUAUAAACUUGUUGAAUGGGAGAAGAAUUGGCGAACAUUUUCACCAACAUUUUCUAAAUAUUAAUAGGUUGCGUUUCUACCAAUAGCGUAGCUCCAUUAAGCACGACCCAUAGGACUGGCGCUCGAAAAGUCCGUGCUACCAAAAUCUAGUAGAUGAUGAUUGUAAAACAUGUNGCAUGGUUAGCUGUAACCAUUGGUUAAGCAGUAUCAAAACCAAUACGUUGUCAAGGUAUUUAACGCUGGUUAACGCUAACCACGCUUCGAGCAACUGGGCCCAGAUGUUAAGCAUGAGUUGUCCUUCUUAACACAGGGAGUAUUAUGGGCUUUGAACCACUUGUCAAUCAAAGACUUCUUCCGCCAUCAUUCCCAAGGUAUACUGCAAUCUUUGGCCGAGAACAGGUAGGUCAUAAGCUUUCCCUCCUUUGCUCAAGUUUUUUGCAAGUGACGAGGGCAGAAACACUCACAUUUAUUACAGGCAUAACCAUUAAGGCGGAGGAGAAUUGUGUCAAAUCAGAAUUAGGCUUGCAUUGUGCGCACGUUCUCUUGUUCAUUUAAAGGACACAGUAAGGCAGCAUGAAAAUAUUAGAACACAACUUUCCUUGGACAACCUACACUUUUUGCAAGAAGAUGUAAACAUGUUGAAUGGGAGAAGAAUUGGCGAACAUUUUCACCAACAUUUUCUAAAUAUUAAUAGGUUGCGUUUCUACCAAUAGCGUAGCUCCAUUAAGCACGACCCAUAGGACUGGCGCUCGAAAAGUCCGUGCUACCAAAAUCUAGUAGAUGAUGAUUGUAAAACAUGUUUCUCUUGCAGGCGAUUGACUACACAGAGGGGAUGGUAAAAAGAUUUCUCCACAUCUGUGAUGUGGUCAACUAUUCGUCUCUACAUAUCAUCAUCGUAUGUAUCACUCAAAACCGCCGACGUAUCUUCAAACACAUACUCAGCUACGUACUGUUUUCAAUCGAGUGAUAAACUUGAAACAAAUAUAGCUAAAGGAUUGAUCAUCAGCGUAAAGCUAACUGGUAUCCUGUUAAUCGCAUUGUUUUUUUUGCUUGCAGGCCUUUAUUUCGGAAUUUAGCAAAGAGCGGCCGUGUGUUUUAACACGGUCAUAUUUACAGGUGAAUUGCUUGAUUAACAAAUAUUUUUUUUUUGCGAAAAGGCACAGUUCUUUAUAAUGAUUAUUAGUAAAAUCCAACUAGUGGUCUAUUAUCAAUGCUGCGUUCUGAUUGGUUGAGCUACUACUAGGCUAUACGUUAUAGCCCACUAGUAGCGAAAAGCGCCGGCUUUGAAAACCAGAACAAUGGCGGCUGAAUCGCGUUUUGCAAGCUAAAGCGGUUUUGGCUCGAUAUUUUUGACCAAGUAGUUGGAUUUUACUAAAACAAUUAUCCCUCUCGCCCUCAUGGCCUCUGAGUCAAUAGCCCAUUCGGCAUUCGGCAUCAUGGGCUAUUUACUCAGUGCCCAUUCGGGCACUAUGAACUGCUUCUUGGUCCAUUUUUCGGCAAAGUUAGCCACUUUGAUAUCAUGAUGCAGUCAUCCCUCGAUCUCUGAGUUUUCCGGGAAUGUGGAAGAAACUUCCUUUUUUCCCCCCUGGAAGCAAAACAGUUUUUACCUUUCGUGCUGUUGGGAAACAAAAUUGAUGGCGGUAACAUCUGUUUCUCCUGUGUCUGAUCUGGGAGGCUUUUGCGCCAGCGGGAAUGUUGCCCCGCGGUGUUUCCCAGAUCGACCAUGCCUUAACAAGUUGUAACUUACACUAGUUUUUUGUCUUUUUUUUUUUCAAUUUUUCCAUGCAGCUUCUCGUGUGGCAAAAUAAUAAUCUACUAGGAAAAGCGGAGACGAUACGGGAAGCUAUAAGGGCUUUCAACAGUCCUCCUUCUAUUGCUGAGAAGUAAGUAAAUUUAGAAACGUGUUUGCUUCAGUUCAAAAAUGCAUUUGCAAUUUUUGAGUGUUGUUUUGGCCUGCUCAAUUGGAUGCAAUAAUAUAAGCUGCAGUUGAGAGAUGUAUUGAGGCUCUGGCGUUCAUAUUUGAUUUGCUGUUUUUCAUCCUUUUGCAGGUCAUCACUGAGCAGUAACCCAAAAGCGAAUGAACUUGCUGAUGCUUUUAUCAGCAGAGCUGUCAGGGUAAGCUUAAGCUUACACACUAUUUAUUCUACUGGGUGGUGUUUAUUUAUUUAUUUAUUUUUUAUUUUAUUUGCCACACAAUAAUUACAAAAAAAUAUAGGAAAAGAAGAAAAAAAGAAGUGGCGAGGAGACCUAACAGAAACUAUAGGAGCUUAUGAGAGGUUAGGCCUCCUCGAACUAUGAGCUAGAGCUGUUUCACAUCAAUUGAAGAAAAGAAGGCGAAAAGUCGAAGAUGUUUCAAAUUAGAUUCUAGAGCCUUUCCUUAAAAACCUUGACAAAAAAGUAAAGAAUAUUUAAACGAGGUCAUUACGUACACAAAGGUGUUCUUCCUUGAUCUCGAGAGAUGAUAGACUUAAUGCCUAAGUUGCCAACGAUUUAAUGGAUUGAGCACUCGGUAGUGUAAAAGAAGUUAUGGAUUUGAAGUCAAGUCAGUCCAGAUUUUUGUGCGCGGCUGUAGCUUCAAUUAGCCAAGGAGUAGAUAACUUAAAAACGUCCUCAGUGCGAUUAUAAUCCCCAAAUUUAUGGAUGGGAAUGUGUUUUGUUGUUUUUUGGUAGCCUGUGAAGUCUAUCAUUCAUGCACUUGGUCACAAUCGCGCUCGACAGAGAGAUAAGUUAGCUCAUCUCUUGGAAGAAUUCGCUGCUCUGCAAGACGAGGUACAUUUUAUUGCGUUGUAAGUCACGGUAUGGGAAGUAAUCGAACCUCCCUGAGCAUAAAACUAUUUUUAACGACAAAAAGUUGACACCCAGUUGAAGUGGCAGACUUGUACUGAAAUCAUCCUUUUGUCUGAACUAUAAGUGAGCUUUAGCAACGACGACGGCGACGGCAUCGCGAACGUCAAAGAAGCAAUAGAUUUAUGUACAAAACAAUAACUUUGCACGUGCAUCACGCUUUUUUGUACAUUUCUUUGCCGUCACUGCACGACCACGACAUGCAUUAUUUGAAAUGAUAAUUUACAGAAUUAACGUGAAUUGUUUGCUUAUACCCAAUUGUGUUUUAGGCAGAUAAAGUGGACGCUCAGCUUCAUAGCUUACUAAUCAAAGUAGAGCCUCAGGUAGGAAUCAAAUGUUAACGCUAUAUGUAGAAAUUAGCCUUCUGCGUUUUGGUUAUCUUAGCCUGUUCCAGGUGUCCGGAUAGUAAAGCGAGGGCGAAAAAAUUGACGAGGAAAAAAGUUGAAUAAAAUUGAUGUUGUUUAUUAUUAUGAUUACUAUAUCGCGCGUUAAUCUCAAUGCUCUUAUAAUAUCAUAAGAGAUUGAAAAAUUUAGUCAGAAAUUUAUAAAAAUUCAAGAUAAUAAAAAGUAACACUUCAAAUCCUAAUUAAACCUCAAAAUUACUUUUUAAAUGAUUCAACAGAGGGGGCGAUAGUUUAAAGACAUCAAACGAAGGUGGCGAAACACAGUAGGGUAACAUUUUAGGUGUCUUCUCGUAUAAUGCCCGACUUGGCUUUUUCAUAUUUCUUCUAGCGUCAACACUUUGCAUGUUUUGGUUCAUGGGUGCUGUACCACACUCUUAACAUCAUGAUUCAAUAUCUGUUGUCUGGAUUUGAACUGGAACUGUAUAGCCCACACGAGUAUCAUUACGUGUUUUGGUGAGUGAGUAAGCAAUGGUUCGUAAUUGCCAUGAGCUAUAGCAAACAUGGGUUUCGACUAAACCUCUGGUCUGGUCAAGAGAGAAAAGACUACUCCAAGGUCAUUAAGUCAGCUUUAUUACACAAAAAUUAAACCUCUAUCCGGUCAAAACCCAUGUUUCCUAUACGUAGCUUAUGGUAUUUUUCAUAAAAAUGUAAGAAAUGCAAACCCUAAUAAAUCACUUUAGUCAGUCAUAACAGACCCUGAUAAUCCAUAACCAAUGCUAACUAUUCUGCGUGAAUGGUAGUAAAAUACAAAAUGUUUGUAGUUUGUAGUAGAAACUAAAUAACACGCGAAUGUUUUUUGGCUUUACAAAUGUAAGUGUAAAAUCUAAACGUGCCCGCAGAUCGAGCUUUGAAAGCUAAGCGAGAAAUGCGGAAAAUAUGACGAAGGGCGGGUAAAAUGCUGGAAGUUGCAAGGAAAUCGUGUAGAGCAUGUCUUUCACUUUCCAGGCUCAACACUGCUGGCGUUUAUAAUCGAUUGGUCAGUUUUUCACUGGCUUGAAAAACGAUCUGAAAUUACUGAUCUAUUAUGUCAGGUUACAUCAACUCUCGGCUGUCUUUGGUAGGCGCAGGAAUUUCCAGCUUUUUAGAGAGGCUUUAACAUUGCUUUCAACUUUGAGCCUUUUGCUUUUUUAGGUACCUCGAGUUCCUUUUUGGCUGGCACAUGACUUGUCUUAAUCGUGCCGAGAAGUUGCUGCAGGCUCAAGAAACAGCUUUAGGUUACCGUUAUCUGUUUUUUUCUUCUCAUUUUUCUCUGUUUUACCCCUACUAUGUUUAAGCUUUAGUCCCUUGAUCAAUUUAUAGUACAGCUUUUGGCUACUAAUUCAACCCUGGCCAGAAUUGUUAUUUCCUCGACAAAUGAGUUCAUUUGCUCUUGUCUUAAAUUCUCUUUUGAAUAUCAAGAUAACAUGUUUUGUUCAUUAAUUCCCUCUUCGACUCUUUAAUGUCUAAAACGGUCCUGGUUGUCCUAAAACGAAGUUUGUUUCUGUUUCUGUAGAACAAAAAAGUGGUCGAAGUGGUAAGAAAAACAAGAAGAAAAAGAAAGGUAAGUGUGAUCUUCUCCUGUCUUAAUAUCUCUCAAUUCUUAAAACCAUUGAAAACUGUACUUAUUCGUGAAGAAACUGUACUUAUCCGUGAAAACACGAAGUCGUUUCUAAGUGAGAUGACCUAGACUCUGCCAAUAAGGGCCUGUUUACAUGAAGGUGGGGGAGUCCAGGUAGGUGAGGUAACAUGUGGCGGGUUACCCCACCUAUCAUGUAAACGUGAUCACAUUAAAAUGAGAGAUUAUAUGGACAGGCGGGUUACCCCACCUAAGCGGGUCACCUCACCUAUCUGGGGUACUCCACCUCCAUGUAAACAGGCCCUUAAGGGACCAUGUCACGCUUAAAGCUAUGCGUGUAGAAAUCUUUUCACUAAACAAAUUAUUAUGGUCCGUGCUCCCUGAUGAAAUUCGGCCGGUUUGAUAUCUUGUUCGUAACUCUACAGGACCGUUCUGAGUAUAGGCUCUAGCGCAGACUCAGUAUUGGCUUCAGCUCGGAAUUGACGUAAAACAGCAAUAUCCUGGUGGCAUAGCCCCUUCCGCUUAGUUACCUGUCUCCUUUUCAGUGUGAUUGUUCUUUGUCUUAUUCUUGACAGCAAGUGAAAAAGCCAUUCAGGAACAUCAGGGAAUGUGGCAUUUGUAUCAAGGAAUGAGACACUUGUGUCAAGGAUAUCUUAGGGUACAAAAUGUCAUUUGAUUCUUUUGUUGUUGCUCUACUUUUAACAUGCAAAUAUGGAGUACUUUAACGACACCACUGAAAACUGCUCGCAGUUGUCAGGAACAACUUUUUUUAGUCUUUUUUCACGAAAUUUUAUUUCGUUUUAACGAUGUCCCCAAAAUGGACGAGAUGUUUAGAAAGUACAAAGUUUGAAACAGAACUAUUUGAUUCGGCGAUUUGUAUAUAUGUUGCUCGGCUUAUCGAUUGAAACUGUUUAAAACACAUCGCAGUUUCUAUAUCUUUCUGUGUGGCGUUUAUUACACUAAAUACCCUAGAAGCUUAUCUAUUUUAUCUUCCUCACAAAUAAGGACAUAUAAGCCCAUUUGAAGUGUCUUAUAAUCAUGUCAUGUGUAAAUAGUUAUUUAAGAGAUUUUUAUUGUUUCUGUAGUAGUAGUAGUGUUAAUUAUUUUAUUUUAUUAUAUAUUACCAGGCACUUGAAGGGUUUGAGCUUCAGGAGAAAACGAGAAAACCCGAGGAUAAAUUUGGAUCGGAAAAGGUAUGCAGUUAAUAACAGUACUUUUCAAUUUCUAGAGCAAGCUAAGCAGUAUUGAAACUGUCUUUUCAAAGGUGGUUCCUUGACGCCGUCCUUUCGUAAGACAAUGAGGAGCUUUAACAUCUACCACGGCGAUGGCAGCGAAAACAGAACACAGGAAGUGAGUUCGCGCUGGUUCAAGCUUCGAAUUGUUCGCUCCUAUUUCAUCUUGUUCAAUUUGUGAAAUGCUGGCGAAUUUUUCUGGAGUCGAAUUUAAAGGACUCUUCCUUAGUUCAGGAAAAGAAAAACUAUUUUUUUCUUGUGUUCACGUCGCUCAUAUACUGAACUUGAAAUUAGGAGGUUUCACGCCGUAUUUGUGCAACAACGGCAGAGAAAUGUAAACAAGCGCGAAACACGUGUAAAGGUGUUGUUUUGCUUAUAUAAACCAAUUGCGUUUUUGCCGUCGUCGUCGCUAAAGCUCCCUUAUUUUAUUUCCAAUGAUGAGAGGAAAGAGGUCUCCCUCCUUGUUACCGUGGUUGUUCUCUUGAAAACGAUUUUAUUUCGAGCGUUAUUACAACUACCGGUUAAUUUGGCUUCUUGUCACGCCAAUGUAUUUGGCCGAAAGAUUUGCACAUCUGUAACUUUAACGCAGAGUGGAGUAAGAAAAUUCUAGUUCUCCUUUACUGUUUCGAUGAGCUAUCUGUCUGCCAUUAAAUUCUUCCUCGCAGUUUGGAUGUAAAAACUUCCGGGAUUUGGUAGUAGGCACAGAAAGAAGGUUAGUCUCGUUCACAGCCGCUCAGGGCCGGUGUCACGCAAGCUCCCCGCCCCGGCGUGACUUCGGCCCGAGCGGCUGCGAAGGAGACUGGAAGAAGGCAGUAUUGAAGGGUUUUUAGCAUUUUCCUUGCCUGCGUAAUCCAUAGCUUGGGUUCCCCAGUUCUCUCUUGCCUUUUCCGCUAGUUCGAGCGCACUCGGAAACCAAACCGCCAGCCACGAAAAUAGCAUUUUGCCUUCACUGGGAACGGUAAUAAUUUGUUUUUACACAGUUGCGGUUUGAGCGUCGUUUCCUGCCAUUUCAAACCGUGGAUACUCCUCAGCCUAUGUACUAUGGACACUACAGGGAAUACAGCAACAUGUCAAAGAUGAACGCAUCACAGGUAGGUAAACAGUGAAUCUUGUAGCCUGCGAAAUCAGCCUCCCUCCUUGCUCCUUGCCGCCAGGAUUCCCUCCUGGCGAAACAUCCCCAGCGGCGAGGAGCGAGGAGAGACUGUCGAUUUCGCAGGCUAUGAAUCUUGCGAUAAAUGCCAACGAAAAAAUCUUUGCUUUUCCUCUAGGGUGUCUUGCGGUCGACUCGUAAAGGAGGAAAGAGAGUUGCAGUUUUUGAUGGCCUCUUUAGUGCAUCAUGUCGCUAAAAGUCUGCUAAACCCUUUACUGUCUCUUAUAAUUUGUCUUAUCCCAAGCAGACAUAUCCGGGAUUGAAUGCAACUUUUAAACUUUUCGAACCUAUUCUGUCAUAUCUUUCGGGUGCAAAAACAGUCCUUUUUUAUUUUAUGUUGUGAUUUUCAAAAUUAUUUAUAAAUGACAGAAGUUAGGCAACUUUUGCAGGCCCGAUGCUUGAAAUAAUUUAGGCCUUGGCCAAACGUCAAACUUUUCAAGAAACGAACCAACAACAACAACAACAUAACCAAACUCUAAUUUGGGUUUGACGUUGGAAUAAGAACGCGUAGAACCAAUCAACUGAAUUAGAUCAGUAAUAAAUUUUCUCCCAAACGAGGCUAUAUAUAUAUUAUCAUACAAAUUUUAAUAAUUUAUUAGUUUAGUUCGUUGCAUUUGACGAUCGACGUUUUCCCGGAGACGAUUUUCAGCCGCUCUACCCGUAUUAUUAUUUUUUUUUUCAGAGUACAAGCCUGUUUGUGAUGGCGUCUAAUUCUUUCCAGCAAGCGAAGUCGAUAUUUGAGGUGGUGAAUAAUGUGCAUACCGAGGUAAAGUGUCUCGGGUGAAAAGAAAUCGACUUUUUAAGCCUCUUAGUCUAACUCUUAAUUCAGUUUGUUUUAAAAGCGAACGUUUCAUUGUUUGCAUUAACAUGAAAAAAGACGGUAUUAUCUCUCAGGUUGCGUUGUUGCUGAAGGUGACGAAGACGAAUCUUGUCGUUACCAAGCUUGCUGCUGGAGGUCAUAAACACGACUCGAAGGUACUGCUAGAUACCCGGGAGGGGGGGGGGGGGACCCAACAAAGUUUUAAACGGAGAGGAUCCUCUCAGAGGCCCCACCCCUUACCCCGUUAAAUACCAUUUGUGGUAUAAAAGGAACCCCUUUCGUGACAAAUGGUACCUCUUUCACAUACCUUGUGUUUUUAACUGCUGAAAAUGUACUGAAUUUUAAAUCUGAAUAAAUCACAAAACCAGAACGUUUUAUCGACCUUUUCACAGCCAUAAAAUCCUUCUUUUAUACCUUUUUAUAGGCUCCCCAUUCUGCUAUCGAUGUGGCCGCUUGUGUCGUUCUAUAUAUGCUCUUUCAUUAUCAGAGCGCCAUUUUUAUCUAGUAUUGGCCCCAUUACAGUAACUGUAAUCUGCUUUCAGUCCAGAAAGAAAAAAGGUUUAAGUCAGUCUAGAGUCAGUCCAGUUAGCUGACUGGCAUCUUACUUCUUCACAGAAUCCCCCAGAGUUUGAUUUCCAGUGUCACCGCGCUUUUCCAAUCAUCAAGCUCAAGUGA